CAUACUCUAUCUACAGCGUACUCAUAGAAGCAACUUGUAGAGGUAGCUCUCUUUCCUUCAGUCAACGGCUUGUGCAGCUGGCCAGCGCUUCACACAGCUUUCUUCUCUGCUGUUCGAUUUUCCCCUUCUCUCCCUCUUGACAACUCUCGACGAAGCAAUGUCUCUCUACCGAAACGGGGUCUGGUUCCUGAAAGGAAUGAAAGAAUACACGAAGGGUGGAUAUGAGAAGGCCAGCCAACAUUUCCAGGCUCCUGAUCUUGAUAUCAAUUUGAAGGGACGCAGUUUUAUGGUCACUGGUGGCAGUAGUGGUGUAGGCAAAUCUAUUGUUGAGGACCUGGCUAAAAGAGGUGCUGUUGUCCACCUGUUAUGUCGAAAUACAGAGAGAGCUGAGACAAUUAAAGAUCAAAUUAAACAGACCACAGGAAAUGAGGACAUCACCAUACAUGCAUUAGAUCUAUCUAAACCAGCUGAUGUUUAUAAAUGGGCCAAGAACUUUGCUGAAUCUGAUCACAAGCUGGAUGUUCUGAUCAAUAAUGCUGGUGCUAUGUUAAAUGUGAAAACUGUAACACUGGAUGGAUUGGAUGCUGGCUUUGCUGCUAAUACCCUUGCUCCACAUAUAUUGACAACACAACUAAUUUCUAAAUUAUCCCAGAGUGAUGACGCCCGAGUAAUUAUGGUCAGUUCUGGUGGUAUGUUGGUCCAAAAGUUAAAUGUCACUGACCUCCAAAAUGACAACAGUCCAUAUGAUGGUACCAUGGCUUAUGCACACAAUAAGAGGCAGCAGGUGAUAAUGUCUGAACAAUAUGCAAGGAAAUACCCUAACAUCUACUUCUGCUCCAUGCACCCUGGGUGGGCUGAUACACCUGGAGUUGAAACUGCCAUGCCAGGCUUCUAUUCCAAAAUGAAAGAUCGCCUCCGUACACCUCAACAAGGGGCUGACACUGCGUUGUGGCUUGCAAUUGCUUCAGCUCCAAAGAGUUUUGUUAGUGGACAAUUUUUUCAAGAUCGCAAUCCAACUUCAACACACCUACCCUUGGCCAAGACUAAAUGUACUCCAGAGGAAGAGGUUCUUUUCAUGAACAAACUUGAUGACCUAGUAACUAAAUUUAGCAAGAAUUCCAGUGGUGAUACACUGCCAGGCCCUGGCACAACAGAAGAUGGUGAAUAUGCUUCAUCCAGCUCAUCAUCAACCCCUAAAUACAGCCCAUAGAUCAACAAUGACAUCAUGAACACACCUCAUAUAUCUCGUCACCUCAACAAUGAAGAUCAUGAUGACAACAACAACAAUAAUAAUAUUAUUAAUAUGACAGUGAUGAUGACGGGAAUAAUGGAAGCGAUAAUUACAAGUACAAUGAUGAUAAUGAGGAGGAGGAGGAGGAGGAUGACAAUGACAUUGACAAUGACGACGGUCAUGUUGACAAGAAUUAAAAUGAUAAUGACAAUGACAAAAACAAUAACAGUGAUGAUGAUAAUAAAGAUAAUGUUGACAACAAUGAUUAUGAUGAUGACAGUGGUGAUGAUGAUGGUUAUAAUGAUAAUUAUUUCUUAUGUAGCAGGCAUGAAAUCUACAUAUAAAUGGUACAGUGAAACAAAAAUGAGAUUGUGUGAUGUUCAAACUUUUCCUGAGAACAUUAGUGAUAUAAACAAAAUGAAACAGUGAGAUAACUCCAACCAAGAACUGAACUUUGAUUGCAAACAUAUCUGUAUGAUAGGGAAGAAUAGUAAUGAUUUGUAACAUUAGAAUAAAGAUUACUCUCAUAAUCAUAUUAGUAAUAA